CGUAAGAGUCGAUCACCAGGUUGAAGAUGGCGAGUUUAGCGGCUGCUGUUGCUGCUGCUGCUGCGGCGGCGAACAGAGAUCCAGCCGUGGACCGGUCCCUGCGCUCUGUGUUCGUGGGUAAUAUUCCAUAUGAAGCUACAGAGGAGCAGUUGAAGGAUAUUUUCUCAGAAGUUGGGCUGGUGGUCAGUUUCAGGUUAGUGUAUGACAGGGAAACUGGCAAGCCCAAGGGGUAUGGUUUCUGCGAGUACCAGGAUCAGGAGACCGCCCUGAGUGCCAUGCGCAACCUGAACGGGCGAGAAUUCAGCGGGCGAGCCCUGCGUGUGGACAAUGCUGCCAGUGAAAAGAACAAGGAAGAGCUCAAGAGUCUGGGUACUGGUGCCCCGGUAAUUGAAUCACCAUAUGGACAGCCCUGUAACUCUGAAGAAGCCCCUGAGUCAAUCAGCCGUGCUGUCGCCAGCCUCCCCCCAGAGCAGAUGUUUGAGCUGAUGAAACAGAUGAAACUGUGUGUUCAGAACAGCCCCCAGGAAGCCAGGAACAUGCUUCUUCAGAACCCCCAGCUCGCGUACGCAUUGCUGCAGGCACAGGUGGUCAUGAGGAUUGUGGACCCCGAAAUCGCACUGAAAAUGCUUCACCGGCCAACGAACAUCCAGCCCCUGAUUCCCAACAGCCAGCCUGGUCCUGGAUCCGUUCCGAACCUGCCUCUCAACCAGCCCAACCCUCCAGUGUCUCAGCCUCAGCAAAUGAUGGGCAUGCAUGUGAACGGAGCCCCUCAGAUGAUGCAGCCCGCUCAAAUCUUGGGAGGGGUGACGGUGCCAGGCCCUCUGGGUCCAGCAGGUGGCAUGCAGCAGCAAAUUGGCAUUCCUCAAGGAGGUCCUGUACCAAUGGACAGAGGGCAAGGAAGUCUUCAGCACUCGCCUGUAGGACCCGCAGGGCAGGCGCCGAUCGAGCGGCCUCAAGGUAUCCAUAGCAACUCCUACCUCUGACCUCACAGGGUUAGG